AUGGUGACGCUCAAGUUUGCAAGCCGUGGCUUCGAAUUAGCUUCACCACACUCUUCGGCGGGCUCCAUUUCUGGCGGCUUUUCACCGUUGCUGUCCAAAAGUGCUCGUGCUGAUGUCCUCUUCUCCAGGUCUCGCCGGAAAAGUGCCUGCAGUUCCAGAAGGCAUCGAUAUGGGGUUUCUUGCUCGUUUGCACCUAUGGACACCGCUAAAAUUAAGGUCAUCGGUGUCGGUGGUGGUGGUAACAAUGCGGUUAAUCGUAUGAUUGGAAGCGGCUUACAGGGAGUGGAUUUCUACGCCAUAAAUACAGAUGCGCAGGCUCUGUUGCAAUCUGCGGCUGAGAACCCUAUUCAAAUUGGAGAUCUUCUGACUCGUGGACUUGGUACAGGUGGCAACCCACAGUUGGGCGAACAAGCUGCAGAAGAAUCAAAGGAAUCCAUUGCAAAUGCUCUCAAGGGAUCGGAUAUGGUGUUUAUAACAGCUGGAAUGGGUGGUGGUACGGGUUCAGGUGCAGCUCCUGUUGUAGCACAAAUAGCAAAGGAAGCUGGAUACCUUACUGUGGGCGUUGUUACCUAUCCAUUCAGCUUCGAAGGACGCAAAAGAUCAUUGCAGGCUCUUGAAGCAAUUGAAAAGCUCCAGAAAAACGUGGAUACACUAAUAGUGAUUCCAAAUGACCGUCUCCUGGAUAUUGCUGAUGAACAGACUCCACUUCAAGACGCUUUCCUUCUAGCAGAUGAUGUGCUCCGUCAAGGAGUCCAAGGGAUAUCUGAUAUAAUCACUAUUCCUGGUUUGGUGAAUGUGGAUUUUGCGGAUGUUAAGGCAGUAAUGAAAGACUCUGGUACUGCUAUGCUUGGAGUGGGUGUGUCCUCCAGUAAGAACCGUGCAGAGGAAGCAGCUGAGCAAGCAACUUUGGCUCCACUGAUUGGUUCUUCUAUCCAGUCCGCUACUGGGGUUGUGUACAAUAUAACUGGAGGAAAGGACAUAACACUGCAAGAAGUGAAUAGGGUGUCACAGGUUGUUACAAGUUUAGCAGAUCCUUCGGCAAAUAUCAUAUUUGGGGCGGUUGUGGAUGAGCGGUACAAUGGAGAAAUCCAUGUUACGAUUAUUGCAACUGGUUUCGCUCAGUCAUUUCAAAAGACUCUUCUAACCGACCCAAGGGGAGCAAAGGUAGCUGAUAAUAACAAGUCCUCGGGGAGAUUAGAUGCCUUGAACUCUCCACUUACUGUCAAUUCAUCUAACUCUACUCCUCAGGCGCAGCCUUCACGAAGGCUCUUUUUUUAG